AUGACCAUAUCCACCUCCCCACGCCUCCUUCGAUCCUCCCACCCAGCCUGCCUGCCGACUCCAAUGUCCAAUCCCGCGGCUUCCGCACACGUUGGCGAGGCCGAGCUCUUCACGAAGGUAGGAGUUUUCGAUAAAGGAUGGAUUUUAUUAGCUCAUAAUGAAGCAUCAAAAGGAUACAAACACAAUAAGCACACACCCGGCCUCUGCAUAAGUAGGAUUCACGAAAAUUCAGGCUGCGUAGAUGAAUGGAUUGUCGAAUUGUUCGUGCGGUCGUGCUAUGGGCUGUUUGUUGUUGGAGCCUGCAGCCCUGCGCACCAACUGUUUGUUGGUGAAAAUGAGUCUGCUAGUUCGGCGGAAGGGCCUGUUUUGGUCAAUCAAAACAGCAAUCCUAAAAGAUCCAUCAGUCGUUCUUCUAGCCAUGGGAUCAGAAUAGCAUUGGAUAGCUGUGAAAGAAACUCAAGUAGCAAUCUCAAUGAAAAAGAUAUCAAACAGGCGAUAAUGUUCAGUGCCUCUUUGAACAAGCUCUCAUUAAGCCAAGACGAAGCAACUGAAUACACACACUUGAUCCUAGAAGAAAUCCAAACAGGCCAGGGACUAGCAAAGCUGAGCGGAACAAGAAAGGGGACACUGAAUGAUCUCCAACCAACUUGCUGGUCAACACCUAUACCAACCAAACACAUACAAUGUAUGACAUCGACGGCCAUUGUCUUCUUUCGUGCUCACUGGAGACGAAUAUGGGUAAUUGUCAUCUGGCUUGUAGCAUGUGCUGCACUCUUCACUUGGAAGUUCAUGCAGUAUCGCCAGCGAUUGGCAUUUGAGGUCAUGGGAUACUGCCUGCCAACUGCCAAGGGCGCUGCAGAGACUCUUAAGUUUAACAUGGCCAUUGUGCUCCUACCUGUAUGCCGUAACACUAUCACUUGGCUUAGGAGAAGCCGUAGCAUCAACUCUGUCAUUCCAUUUAAUGACAAUAUUAACUUCCACAAGCUUGUUGCUGCAGGAAUUGUGAUCGGCAUAAUCCUCCAUGCUGGUACUCACCUAUCAUGUGACAUCCCAAGGAUUGCAAUGGCAGAUAAGACCAUUUUUGGGCGCACAAUUGCUCGUGACUUUGGCUAUCACCAGCCAUCAUACAUGGAGAUAGUGACAUCAAUCGAGGGGACAACUGGUAUAGCCAUGGUAGUGCUCAUGCUGAUUGCUUUCCUGCUUGCCAGUAGGCCUUCAAGAAGAAACCCAGGAUCACUCCCACCUCUGGUCAGACAGAUGGCGGGAUUCAAUGCUUUCUGGUACUCACAUCAUCUGUUCAUUGUUGUCUACGUUCUGCUCAUCGUGCAUUCCAUGUUCCUCUUCCUAGCAAAAGAUGUAUCAGAGAAGACGACAUGGGUGUAUGUGGUGAUUCCUGUGAUGAUCUACCUUGGAGAGCGAAUGUUCAGGAUGGUCAGAUCUAUGGCAUAUGAAUCGAAGAUCCUCGAUGCAAUGACUUAUACAGGGAAGGUACUUUCUCUCAAGAUGGCAAAGCCUCCAGGUUUUCGCUAUCAAAGUGGAAUGUAUGUCUUUGUCCAAUGUCCACAAGUAUCGAAGUUUGAAUGGCACCCAUUUUCUCUUACCUCUGCACCAGAUGAUGAUCAUUUGAGCAUCCACAUCAGAUCUCUGGGUGACUGGAGCUACCAUGUGUAUGAUAUGUUCCAUGAGGAAGGCUACGCAGCAAAUCAUCAUAGUGCCAAUGGGCUGAGGAAGGCCUACUUUUAUUGGGUGACAAGAGAGCAAGGAUCCUUUGAGUGGUUUAGGGACAUCAUGAAGGAGGUUUCAGCUCGAGACAGCAAACAGGGUGUGAUAGAGAUGUACAACUAUCUAACAAGCGUCUACCAGGAAGGUGACAAGCGGUCAGUGCUGAUAAGCGCAAUUCAGGCUCUUCAUUUUGCGCGCCAUGGCAUUGAUAUCAUCUCGAAAACUCCAGUCCGUACACACUUUUCGAGACCGAACUGGCCUAGGGUGUUCCAUGGUCUUGCAAGAAAACAUAUCGGUGAAAGGAUAGAAGAUGCACUGUCAGUUAUAUCAUCGUACGAUGAAAUAAUGAUCCCCAGUUUCUUGUCUGAUGUGUCAAAAGGGGAAAGAGCUGCAGAUAUAUGA